UGGUCGUUAUCGUUCAAUCGUUCUAUCGAUACCAAUAAUAAGCCCAAGCAAACAGGCAGCCUAAUAAUGUUGAAUUAAGUCACAGCAGCUUGGAGACAACAAUUGGGAAGAAUGAGCAGCUAUAGGGCCAUCGAAAUAGACUCCGAUUCAAGCGAGGUUGGAGACACUCUGGUCCCGAAUCAAAGUGCCGGUGAAAAAUCUAAGACAACUCACGACCUUGGUGUCAAAACAACAAAGUUCCAUAAACUUGACCCUGAAUUAGCAUAUACAUGCUCCUUGGCCCAAACAAACACAUCGAUGAGCACUGCGACAGAUGGAUCUAGUAAGACUGGACGCCAGAGGUCAAGGAAGAGCCAGCAUGGCGCCAGACGCAUAAGUGCUGACCUCCAGUUCGAGUCGGUUGCUGUGGACGAGCUAGGAGCCGGUGGAUCCAAAGCAUCUAAGAAACGCAAGAUGGAGAAGGAAGCCACGGUCGCCCAGGACAAGGUGAGCGUGGCCAUCAGAAAUCUGGUACAGAGCGAAGAGAUGCAGGAGCUCAUAAAGCGAAUCGCCAACGAACGGGUUCGCUGCAACUUCCUGCUGGCCACUUAUCAGCUGCCCGACAUGAACUUCGCCCUCAACACCUCCAUGGAAACACUCCGCAAUCAGUUCCGGGAGCGCCUCAAGCAGCGUCGGGACCGUGGAAGUGCCAAUUCAUCCUCCUUGGCUCCAUCUCCAGCCAGUAGCACCCAGAAAGGACCAACCAAGGGAGUUGUGAAGGCCAAAAAACCGUAGUAUUACUAUCCAAUAAGAUUAUAUAAGCAUUGAAUGUAGAAGUAUAACCAUUAGACGAAAUAAAAGAUUGGGGAGCUGCUUUGGUAGCUCGGCACACUCAGGUACAACCAAAUACACAUAUCAUGUAGGUAGAUUCAUAAAUAGAACACUACGUUAAAAUAUUUAUAAGAAAAUACAAAUUAAAAAAUUUCGAUCUUCAUUAUUAUUCAAGAUACUUAAA